AUGGUUUCGAUAAAGGAAUUUAACUGUCAAUAUACCAAUCAGAUUCGAAAGAAGCAUAAAACUUGGCAUGAUGGGAGAUUGAAAUACUAUGAAGAGAACAACCGUUUCCAGUUAUUCACAGAGGAUGGCAGACACCUCAGUAAUAAAUCGAUAACGAACAGUAAACAAUUAGCAGAUAUUUUGGAUGGGUCUGGUUUCGGAAAUACAGAACAUAGAAUAUUUGGAUCUUACUUCGUCAUAAUUACCGAGCUAACUGCAACACACGAAGUGGAAGCUUUAAAUACUUCGAAACCCGUGUUUGUAAAGUCUGAAUAUGCUAACUAUAUUAAAGAGGGAGAGAAGAAGGAGGAAGCUACUUCUAAACACGCGUCUACUGUUCAAAUUUCAAAAAAGCAGAUGUCAGUAAGCUCUAAAGUCAAUAAACCUUUCAAGCCGCCGGCGAUUAAGUCGAGAGUUAAGUUGGAACAGCAAACUGCAGCUGUGAUGAAAAAAGAUCUAUGUACACAGUCACAAGGUGGUGAUUCAGUAUCGCUUCAUAAUUCUGCUGCAGAACAAAAGUCCAAGGUAAAAAGUCAAGGACUGUCUCAGGAUAGUUUCCGAAGCAGCCUGAAUGUAUCCCAAACAACGCAGUUUAAUGAACCUGUUCCUGAAUUGAACACGUUAAAUCCUGUUGAAUACAUAUGCCAAACGAAUAGUAUUAUCAGAACAGGUCGUUUACGCCAAAAGAAUUAUGUCAUUAGAAAUUCACAUAUUGUCCUCUAG